CUUAACAGAACACACUGUAAAAGCCUGCUCACUCUGCUUCAUAUAUGCCUCAGAAACCCUGUUUCACUAUGCCACACCAGCACCAAUGUCACUCUCCUACUUUCUCUCUCUCUCUCUCUCUCCUCCUUCUCUCUCCAUAAAAACCCCUUCACCCCCUCCCCGCAAAAACCCAAAAUCCCAUUCUCUCAUUUUCUUCACCAUCAUCUUACAUCACUGCUCCAACAAAAAUAUCAAACACCUUUGAUCAAACCACACAACCAAACCAAACUUAGCCGCUUGAUUGAGACCCAAAUGCCGUCGGACUCGAGCGAUCAGCAGAACAACCAGAACCGUAGGCCGGCGAAGGCCCAGACCCCGGGUGCCCCACCGCCGGAGCAAGAGCACCUCCCUUGCCCACGCUGCGACAGCGCCACCACAGCCACUCCCUCGCUCUCCGACCACCCAAUUCCCCCCACCCCAGUUUUUAUGAACCCGGGUGGCGCCGCCGCGUUUGGGGACAUGAAGGGGAAUGUGGGAAAUGGAUGCGGUGGUGGGGGCGGCGCUAGCUUCACUUCUCUGCUCAACACUCAGGGGCCUGGUUUUUUGGCCUUAGGGGGGUUUGGUCUUGGGCUGGCCAAUGGGUUUGAGGAGAUGGGCUUUGGACUUGGGAGAGCGGUGUGGCCUUUUCCCGGGGUGGGAGAUGGUGGUGCUGGUGUUGGAGGUAAUGGUGGGGGCCAUGGGAUGAUGAACACGUGGCAAUUUGAGAGUGGAGAAGGUGGUGGGAUUGUGAAUGUGGGUGUUGGCUCUGUUGGGGGUGAGUUCUGUUCUUGGCCGGAGUUGGCAAUUUCUACCCCUGGAAAUGGUCUCAAAUGAGAAGAAAAAAAAUCUGUUCUUUUUUUGUCUCUCUCCUAAUUCUCUCCUCCUCCUCCUCUUUUUUUUGUAUCUUAUGGAUAAUAUUCUGUGUCUUACUGCUGUAGACUUCUAAUGAUAGUGUUGAGGCUUGAAGUUGAGGCUAAUUAAAUUUGCCACUGAAUUGCUACAUAUCCCAAUCCAAGAACUAAGUUUUUUGAGUAUAAGAACAAAAU